AUGGAAACUAAUCCUCAUCAUACGAACAACACAAAUGGGGAGGGCCACUUUCCUUACAAAGGAUUCGAGAAAUCGUCCUAUUUCCACGACCUUCAAUAUGCCGAUGCCAAUUUGAUGAACAGGGAUGCAGAUGAUGCCGUAAGGAUGACGACGAACCCCGACUGCUAUGAUUUGCAGAUCAUGGGUAAGACUCCUCCAUACGGGGCCAAUUACUUUUAUGGUGGUAUUGGUUUUCAGCUCAGUAGUUAUGAAACUGGUGAAGUGAUCGAUUGUGUUGACAUCUUCAAGCAACCCGCUUUUGAUCAUCCGCUUCUCAAGAGUCAUACCAUACAGAUUAAACCAAGCUCAAAUCGGAAAGGGAAUGGAGCGGGAUAUGUGGAAGGUGCGCUCAAUCAAGCUUGGUGGAAAUAUGGUGAAUGCCCUGAAAGAACGAUCCCCAUCAGAAGACCACAAAACCAUACCAAUCGACAUGUUAUACCGUUGACUCCACACAUGAAGCGACUCAAUCUGAGCGAGAACAUCAUCACUCCACCGCGUGGACAUGAAUAUGCUCAAGUAUCUAUGAUCGGUGGCAACUACAGGGGAGCUAAUGCAAAAAUUAAUGUGUGGAAUCCUUCAGUAAUGCAUCGAGAAGCGAGUUUCUCUCAAAUUCGGCUCACGUCAGGUCCCAAAGAGAAUUUGAACACUGUGGAGGCAGGAUGGAUGAUUAAUACAGAUCCAAGUACUAGCAACCAGUCAGAGCUUUUCAUAUAUUGGACAAGUGAUGGCUAUCAGCAAACCGGAUGCUACAAUCUCGAAUGCCCUGGAUUUGUACAAACAAGUAGCAAGAUUGCUUUAGGUUCUCGGAUUCUACCGGUUUCCACCUAUGGUGGACAGCAAUAUGACAUAACUAUAGGCAUAACAAAGAAUGAUGUCCUUGGGCGUUGGUGGCUGCGCGUUGCGGACGUGGAGGUAGGAUACUGGCCCGGAGAAAUCUUCACUACACUAGGUGGCAGUGCCGAUGUAAUUAGAUGGGGCGGAGAGAUAGUCAACAGUGAACGGCAUGGUCUGCAUACGUCAACGGAAAUGGGGAGCGGCCAUUUCCCUUCUGAAGGUUUUGGAAAGGCGGCCUUUUUCCGCAAUCUUAAAUUUGUCGAUGACGGAUCCAUUGAGAGAGACGCCAAGAAUCUCAAGAAGUAUGUAACAAGACCUGAAUGCUAUGACUUACUGCUCAAGGUGGAUCCGCCAAAUCCAUUUGGAGUCCAUUUCUUUUUUGGGGGCUCCGGAUUUUCAGCUCAGUGUGCAAAUUAG